UCAUACUGAAGAAAUGUGCUGCACGAGUCACGCUCAACCUAAGCGCGCGCGCGACACAUCUAUCCACACAUGCACGCAGAAGAAACCACAGUGCCACCGUCGUGCAAUUAGCAGGUUGAAUUUAAAAUGGUUAUAUUAUGCACUACGUUUGUUGAACACAAGUGCGUAAAGAAAAACGGAUGGGGAACUACAAGCACUUCGUGGAAUGCUGUAGCUGGAGGAAACUUCCAUGCACUCGGUCUGAUCACCAGAUCCUCUGAGAGGAAAUGAGACAAGUGAAGUCGUGAAAGUUAGACCGAAGGAAAAUGUCGGCGACACAUGCCUCACCUUUGUCCAACAAAACCAACCAAUAUGAGGACGAGGACGCGGUCGAGGGCAACUGGCAGCUUCUCUUUGGUUUAUCCUUCGCCAUCGCCACUGUCACUUGCUUGGGAGGUUUGUACUCGCUUAUGUCGCUGCUCAGGAUGAGAAGCAAGUCUUCCCUCUGUCUGAUAGUGGCUUCUUUAUCCAUAGACGACCUGAUCAGCGUCGUGCCGCUCACGCUCUUCAUGAUCUUGCAAUGGAGGAGCGGAGAUGCGAACCGGUCGGGCGCAAUGUGCACUCUGUCCGGUCUCCUUUACGUUUUUCAAGGGUUGUCAAGCAAUAUGAAAGCCUGUCUCAUAGUUGCCUACACUUUUUACGUGACAAAACGCUUUGGAGUGUAUCAGACAGCUAACCGACCUCUCGGGGUGUUUGUGGCUGUGGUGGUGGUGUGGACGGUGAGUCUCGCGUUCAGCGUCCUGCCCGUGUGUGGCUGGGGUCGCUUCGCCCCCGCAUCUCUCGGCUGUCUCCCAGAGAACGACAGCCUGUACGUGCUACUGCUGUUCGCCGUUUACUCACUGUGUUUCUGCGGGAUGGUAGUUUGCUCGAUUCCUCUCAUCUACCAGCUUAUGUGCUCCACGGAGGCCCUGAGAACAUUUUACCCGAGCUAUUUUGAAAUUGCCGGGUCGGUUCCGCUGUGUGAGAUCCCCUCUCUGUCACGGGAUAGCUUGGAUAAAAGUUUGGGAACCUACAAUGAAUUCAACUCAAACACUGACAGUUUAAGGAACAAAACGGAGAAGUAUUCUUUCUCAUACUCUCCAGCAACCGGUCACUUCCAGAAAGAUGAAGCUCAUAGUGCACGAUAUUCCACUGUGUUUUUCUCUCAGAAGCGCUUCUCGAUGAUUCUGGCAAUGGCGCGAAUGGUUCUGUGGAUGCCAAUGAUGACCCAAAUCCUGGUGAGUCAUGCUGUUCAUAUGCACAGCUCGUCCUUGGAGACUCUCUGUUUUUUCCUGACCUUGCUCUCUGCGGCGGUCACCCCUGUGUUUGUGCUUUCGGAGCGCUGGAUCCAUCUGCCGUGCGGCUGCUUCAUCAACUGCCAUCAAGGCUUAGGAUCCGAGGUUUCCAACGCAAAGAAAAGGAGAUUUGAAUUCAACCUCUCAUUCCAGCAAGACUAUGGCAUUUACAAGAUCUCCCACAUCAAGUCACCUUCCAUCGAGAAACCCACUUUUAACAGUUUAUACAGCUGCGAUUUCUCUGAGAGCAGAGUGGCAGUGCUGGACAGUGGUCAGAUCGGUAAGUUCAGCACCACAGCAGCGGAGGACAGCUCCCUCCACAGCGAGCUGCUGCUUGAAGAGAGAGCAGACAGCCAGCCUCAGAGCUCCACAGAAAGGGACGGACCGUGUAGUGCCUCACCUCAUGUUUCUACCUGCGAUCGUGAGGAUCUUCACCUCGACAACUCAUCUGUAUUCGAUGGUCCUGAGAGGAGGCUGUCCCACGAGGAGUGUCAUAAAAUCGAGCUGACUGACUGGGAGUGGUGCAGGAGUAAAUCAGAAAGGACACCCAGACAGAGAUCAACGGCUGGGUUGGCGAUUCCAUUAUGUGCCUUCCAGGGCACCGUUUCCCUCCAUGCCCCCACCGGCAAAACACUGUCCCUCUCCACCUAUGAAGUCAGCAGCGAUGGCCUCAAGAUCUCCCCCAACAAUGCCAAGAAAGUUGAGGUGUACCGCUCCAAAUCGGUGGGUCACGAACCUAGCGCUGAAGAGCAUAACUCUAGCACUGGGGGUGGUGGAGUUGGAGUAGGGUGUGGAGUUGCAGACACCAACGUAAAAAUACAUCUGGAGGUUCUGGAGAUCUGCGACAAUGAGGAGGCCAUGGACAGCGUGUCUAUUGUCUCCAAUAUCAGCCAGUCAUCCACACACGCACGCUCACCUUCACUACGCUACUCUCGUCGUGAGAACCGCUUUGUCUCGUGUGACCUAGGUGAAACGGCCUCAUACUCGCUGCUGAUCCCCACAAGUAACCCGGAUGCAGACAACAUUAACAUCCACAUUCCAGAUACAGUGGAAGCACACAGACAGAACAGCCGAAGACAGCACCAGGAGGCUGGAGGUUACCAGGAAGAGAUACAGCUGCUUAAUGAAGCCUAUAGGAGGCAGGCAGGUGAUCAGGGCAACUGAAAACUGAAAACCAGAAACACCAGGAUAGGCCAAUGGGCUGAGAAAUCCCUAGGAAGAAGUAUAGGAUGAAAUAUUGUGAUGAAGGCUCAUAGAGUUGCAAGGUCAUGGUAGAUUAAAGCACCCAGACUUAAAAAUAUUAUCAUCCAAGCACAUUUAGAGUUAGCAGCGAGAUAAGAUGUCGCAAUGUGAAAAUCUAAGAAAUCACGAGAGGCAUUUGUCUGCUAAACUGUUUGCUUUAGUAAGCCAUUGUGGGAUAAAAAUAGGCUGGAUGCAGGAUGAGAUGUAGUAAAUGACUUUAGAAUUAAAAUUCAAGGUUAGCAUGCCAUAAGGAAGAGCUGGAGGUUUAGAAAAGGGAAGUGAUUUAUAUGCUAACAUGCAAAUAAAAUGUGAUCAGAGAUGCAGCAAAUCUCAAGAUGAGACAAAGAGUUGGUUUGUUCCCUUGAUUUCAAGCCUCAGGAAUUAUAGAUCAGGGGGUUACGACAGUAAUGGUUACUCUCAGAUGGUUAGAAGUGGAGAAUGUCUUAGUUUGAAUGAAGCUCUGGAGAAUAGAACUGAAGCCCUUGAGUGGAUGAAAGUUAUGUAUAUGCUGAAAUGAAGGUUACUGGGUACAAAGAAGGAGAAUGGACUUAACUCGCUUCUCAGAUAUUCUGUCAUUUAUUGAAUGCAAUGGUAAGUGCAUAGACAGAAAAGCUUGAAAGGAGAGUUGAAUAGAGAAGGAUAAAUACUGUCACGGGUAUGUGCGUUUGUGGUGAGAUAGACAACAAACAGGAUUGCGAGGGCGUGUGUGCGAGGAAAAAAACGAAAAUAAAUCCAUUAAAGUAUUCUAGCUCAGGCAGAAACCAUAUACCAUACUAAAAUAAAACAUUCCAAAUGUGUACAUCACAAUUUUUUUUAUUAUGUUGCUCUGCAUAAAACAGUCAAGGUGUAUUCCCUCACUGUGUUGUCUAAUGUGUGUGACUGUUUAAAGGAAUGUUCUGUGUUCAGCGCAAGUUAACUUGCACCUGUGGCAAAAUGUUGAUUUUGUCCCUCCUAUUCUUUUUUUCUUUUCUUUUUUUUUUAAGCAGACAUUUGGAUUAUAGAGAGACUUAAAUUUUUUUUUUAAAAAAAGAUGUGAAUGUCAAAAUGUAAAUGUUAAAAUAAUCAACCAAAAAUUAAACAGUGUCAUUAAAAACACAGACAAACCUAUUUUGUGUAAAUUUCACUGUAAAGAAAACAAUACCUAAAACCUUUUAGUUUACAUUUUUGUUUUUUCAAAGCGGACAGUUUCUGCCAAUCUCAUGUUGAUCUUGUGUACCUAUAGAGUAUUAUUGUAUCCUUCAUAUCUCUGAAGAGUCUUUAUUUUUGUCAGAUUUACAAAAGACAGAUAUAGAUGUACCGCUUCUCAGUCAAGCAGUUGAGAUCCUGGGGGCGUGCCAUGGGCGGAGUUAAAGAGUCACAGGCACGCAAAGCAUUUGUAGCAGUCAUCUGUAAGCUGUGACAUCAACAUAAACAAAACAGUAAUAAAAACUUAAUGGACUUAAAUAUGGCUAAAAAUCAGAUCCAGCCAUAUAUAUCUGAUCCAGAAUCGCAUCCUGACCUUUAUGAUGUCAUACAGGGCCAUACUCGAGAAAAAAAAAAAAAAAAAAAAAAAAAACCUUUCUGAAACUUAUACAAACCCUAAUGGAGUGUCUUUGGCACAGUCCAACUUGUUUUCUGAGACUUUGGUCAUGUUUAGCAUGAGAAUACAACUCUUUAGCACUGUAACUAAGUCAGAACGUGUGAGAUAGCAUUAGACAUCCCCUUUAAAGAAAACUAGAAAAAAGUGAAAAAGUAUUAUUCACCAUGCCACAAAUGCUGUUGAUUACUUGAAUUAGGCCCAGAAUAUUCCUUUAGUUGCAAUCUUAGUUUGUAUGAAUAUGUAAAUGCUGAUAGCUGUAUUCUGUAUGUGGUUAUUUCUACAUCUUUUUCAUUGUACUAAAGCCCUGAACUUACGUUCUGCUUAAUAUGCAUUCCCGACAUGACUGCUGAGAAAAAGCGAAAGAGAUUCUGUCCACAAAUGUAGAUGUGAGCGUGAUGCAUGAGCCUAUUUUAGGUGUUAAUUUGUGUGCAAAUGUGCUCAUUUUUGAGCCACUUAGGAAUUUUCAGCGCACUGCUUCUGCAAUCAGAAACAUGACCCUGGCCACUCGCUUGCAUUUAAUACUAGCAUAUAUUCAGCUCUCAAAUGGACCAUUCAUGGACGAUUCAGUGGAUCCCAGUAAAAUGAAGGCAUGAUUACGCUGUGUUUCAUUUGAGCUCUGCUGUAUCAAUAUGUGAAUCUACUAUUUAAAAAUGUGAAAAUUAAAUGCAAAGGCCAUUCGUGGAGGCUCAUGUAGCUCUAAUAACUCUAAUAUCUAAUAAUUCACUGUAGAUAUGAUUUAUUGUUAUUUUUAAAUGUCAAUUGUCUGUGUGUAUGUGUGUGUUUAUAUAUGUGUUAUGUAUUCAGAAUAGCAGAUUAUUUGUUUUAGCCUUGUGUUUUCAAGCAGCAAAAUAGCUGAGGCAUAAUGCUACAAAAUAUUUUCAUCUAUCCAGUGUUCUCAUUAAAGAUUUAUUUACAGAAAA